ACCAUCGUGUGACGUCGCAUUAUGGGCUCGGUCUUAGAUGAAAUCUCAUAAUACGGAGACAUAAACGGGAAACGACGCAUUAUACUGCAAUCGCAUUGAAAAGUGUGUCCAACAACUCAGUCCCCACUACGGAGUGUGACAGACGCCAGGAGCAAGGAUGUCAUACGGGAGAACAGACAGCUACCACUCGCAGCCACGAGACUUCAGCAACCUCACCCAGACAUGCAGUGUCAACAUCCAGAAAAUCACACAGAAUACUGGGCAGAUCAAAAACAUGCUGUACCAGAUGGGGACGAGGCAAGAGACCCCAGAGCUGCAGGACAGACUCCAACAGGUACAGCACUACACCAACCAGCUGGCCAAAGAGACCAACAGACACCUGAAAGAUCUGGGCUCCCUGCCUCUCCCUCCCUCGGAACAGAGACAGCAGAAGAUCCAGAAGGACCGACUGAUGAAUGACUUCUCUGCAGCGCUCAACAACUUCCAGGCAGUCCAGCGACGGGCGGCCGAGAAGGAGAGGGAAUCAGUGGCCAGGGCCCGGGCCGGGUCCCGCCUCAUGCAGGAAGAUGAGGGGAACGUCGAUGAACAACUUGUGACAUUUGAAAAAGAUUAUGAUGACUGGAGUCAGAGUCAGACCCAGCAGCUGGAGGAGCCAGAGGUCACAGAGGAGGACCUGGAGGUCAUCAAGGAGAGAGAGACCAACAUCAGGCAGCUAGAGUCUGACAUCAUGGAUGUAAACCAGAUCUUUAAGGACCUGGCAGUGAUGAUCCACGACCAGGGAGAGAUGAUCGACAGCAUUGAGGCUAACGUGGAGAGUGCAGAGGUCCAUGUAGACAGAGGCACCGGACAGCUCCAAAGGGCAGCCUACUACCAGGUGUGAGUGUUGACGAGGACAAGGCUGGAGGUCACUCUGUCAUGCUGAUUGAGUUCGAAUAACAGACUGGAAGCUUCAAAAGGAGGGUGGUGCUGGGAAUCAUUGUUCUUCCUCUGUCAACCAUGGUUACCUGCAAGGAAACACGUGCCAUCAUCAUUGCUUUGCACAAAAAGGGCUUCACAGGCAAGGAUAUUGCUGCCAGUAAUAUUGGACCUAAAUAACCCAUUUAUCGGAUCAUCAAGAACUUCAAGGAGAGUGGUUCAAUUAUUGUGAAGAAGGCUUCAGUGCGCCCAAAAAAGUCCAGCAAGUGCCAGGACCGUCUCCUAAAGUUGUUUCAGCUGCGGGAUCGGGACACCACCAGUACAGAGCUUGCUCAGGAAUGGCAGCAGGCAGGUGUGAGUGCAUCUGCACACACAGUGAGGCGAAGACUUUUGGAGGAUAGCCUGUUGUAAAGAAGGGCAGCAAAGAAGCCACUUCUCUCCAGGAAAAACAUCAGGGACAGACUGAUAUUCUGCAAAAGGUACAGGGAUUGGACUGCUGAGGACUGGGGUAAAGUAAUUUUCUCUGAUGAAUCCCCUUUCCGCAUCCGGAGAAGCUUGUUCGGAGAAGGUGAGCGCUACCAUCAGUCCUGUGUCAUGCCAACAGUAAAGCAUCCUGAGACCAUUCAUGUGUGGGGUUGCUUCUCAGCCAAGGGAGUGGGCUCACUCACAAUUUUGCCGAAGAACACAGCCAUGAAUAAAGAAUGGCACCAACACAUUCUCCGAGAGCAACUUCUCCCAACCAUCCAGGAACAGUUUGGUGACGAACAAUGCAUUUUCGAGCAUGAUGGAGCACCUUGCCAUAAGACGAAAGUGAUAACUAAGUGGCUCAGGGAACAAAACAUUGAUAUUUUAGGUCCAUGGGCAGGAAACUCCCCAGACCUUAAUCCCAUUGAGAACUUGUGGUCAAAUUCUGACAAGCAUUGAUUAUGCAAGAAUGGGCUGCCAUCAGUCAGGAUGUGGCCCAGAAGUUAAUUGACAGCAUGCCAGGGCGGAUUGCACAGGUCUUGAAAAAGAAGGGUCAACACUGCAAAUAUUGGCUCUUUGCAUCAACUUCAUGUAAUUGUCAAUAAAAGCCUUUGCCACUUAUGAAAUGUUUUUCAUAGUAACAUCUGACAAAAAUAUCUAAAGACACUGAAGCAGCAAACUUUGUGGAAAUUAAUAUUUGUGUCAUUCUCAAAACUUUUGUCCACAACUGUAGAGGUGCUGACUAAUGGAGAAUAUACCUAAUCUUGUUUUUAUACCUAAUGAAUACAACACAGCUUUGGUGAUACCCCUGUCUCCAAAACUAAUGGUUUUGACCAUUUGGAGCUUUGGAAAGGAAGUUUUCCUAAAAUAACUUUACCCUCUUCAUAUAACAAUGAAAAACUGCUAUUGGGUGAACUAUUUGUAAAUGAAAAUAAAGUUUAAUCCUAAAAUGAACGUAUUAAGACGACUAUGACAAUAUUUUGGGUUAUUGUCCAUAAUUGCCGGUGACACAAUUAUACGAUUAUUGUGUCAGCCCUACUACCAGGUAUCAGCACAACACCAUCACAAACUGGGCCGUGUUUGAUAUGUAGACCAAAUGAUCUGUCGAUGAUCAGCGUCCUUCAUUUAACCAGGCGAAUCAGUUAAGAACAAAUGAUUAUUUCCAAUCACCAAUCACGGCAUGUUUGUGCUCCC